GUGGGAAUUCAGUUCGAAUUCGUUAACAGGCGCUAACGGUUUGGGUGCCCGAAACGAAAUAAAAAACCAAACACACCAGAGAUCCUUGAGCAACAACAACAAGAACAGCAGCAACAAUGUCCAUACAAAGCAACAACAACAGCCGCAAUGGUGCCGGAAGCACUGUUGGCCAGAACAACGAUAUAUAUAAUAUAGUGCUGUUGAUCGUGGACAUUGUGAUCUUGGUGUUUAAAUUCUGGCUGACCAUUAUCGAGGAGACCGUCAAGCUGUUCACCACACGGCCACAGGCGAAUGUGUCUGGACAGUUUGUGCUGAUCACUGGUGCCGGUCAUGGCAUGGGCAAGGAGAUGGCAUUGCAAUAUGCUGGCAUUGGCGCCAAGGUCAUCUGCUGGGAUAUUAAUGACCAGACCAAUUCACAGACAGUCAAGGAAAUCAAACAGGCUGGCGGCACAGCCUAUGGCUAUGUAUGUAAUGUGGUCAAGCGUGAGGAUAUUAUGGAGCUAGCUAGCAGGAUACGCAAAGAGCAUGGAUUUGUUAGCGUUGUGGUCAACAAUGCUGGUAUUAUGCCCUGCCAUCCGCUGCUCGAACAUACGGAACAGGAGACGCGCCUCAUGUACGACAUCAAUGUGCUCGCCCACUAUUGGAUCAUCCAAGCUUUCCUGCCCGAUAUGAUUGAGCGCAAUGAGGGCAGCAUUGUGGCACUAUCCUCCUGCGCCGGCCUCUUUGGCCUGGCCAAUUUGGUGCCCUAUUGCGGCACAAAGUUCGCCGUACGCGGCUACAUGGCAGCCCUCGCCGAGGAGCUGCGACAGAAGAAUCCCCAGACAAACAUCAAACUAACCACCAUCUAUCCGUAUAUGAUCGAUACGGGUCUGUGCAAGAAUCCGCGCUAUCGUUUCCCCAAUGCGAUGAAGCUAAUUUCGCCCAAGGAUGCGGCUGCAUCCAUUAUCGAGGCUCAGCGCCAGGGUCUGGAGGAGGCGGCAAUACCUCGUCAUUUCGUGGCUGUAGAGAAGCUGGGUCGCUUGAUACCCAGAAAGGCAAUGCGAUUGGUCAACGAUUUCCUAGACACGGGUGUCGAUACCGACAAGAUGUAAGCCAUAAAUCGAAAAGAGAAACUAAGCUAGAACUCGGAACUUCCAAUGAUAGUUUUAAGUCUCAACAGCUUUAUCGAUAUUCCUUCUUUACCUUUUUUUAAUUUUUUUUUUCAACUUUCUCUGUGGAUUUAAUGUAUAUCUUUAUAUGUAUCUACUUAUCUGUACAAGAUGUGAAUUUAGCGAGCUUAAAGGUUGU